AUGUCCUUAAAAGACGUAUCAAAUGACCGGCUGAUGAUCGAUUGGCUUCGACAGGCUGGUCAUGGUCAUCUGCUGGAUGAACGAAUUCAAAAUACGAAUUUUAUUUCGUCUCCACCGUCAGCCAGUAUUCCAUUUGGACAAACGACUUCUUCAUCCAAUUAUCCACCGCAAACAACAUCAUUGUUUUCUGUAUCGCCUCCUUUUAAUACUGGUUUUCCUGGUGCACCUCCCAUGAAUACGAUAAAUAGAACAGCACCGAUUCUUCAAACAGAUUUUAAUCCUACAGCACGCUAUGAUGGUGCUGCUACUUUAUCACCAUCACCAUUACCCAUCGGAUCUUCGUCAUUUGGUCAACAUCAAGAUUCAUCACAUUUCAAUUCACCAUCUCCGGCACAAUUACUUGCACCAAAUAGGAAUGAACGACAACUUGAUGUUGAUAUCGAAAACAUGAAACGGGAUCCAAAUACUCGCAUUGUUCAACGUCCUCCACAAGAAGAUAUUGUUUAUAAACAACGGGUCUUCGUAAGAUAUCUACAACCUCCGACACCACCUGUUGGUGGCACCAUUAUUGUUCGAGAAAAACAGCCACCUGCACCGGCACCUGAUCCACCUAUUGUUAUCAAACGUGCUCCACCUGCACCUCCAACUCCACCACCAGUUACGAUUCGCGAGCGUCCACCACCAAUUCCUCCUGCUGAAGGUACCACGGUCAUUGAUAAAUUAGUUCCACCGGGACCAAAACCAGCACGACAAGUAAUUAUCGAACAGUAUCCGCCAUUACCACCCAAACCUCAAGAUGUUAUUAUUGAACGAUGGCUUCCAGUUCAACCACGAACACGGCGUAUUCUUUAUGAACGCUUACCUCCAUCCAAUCAACCAGCUACACGACCAAUUAUUGUUCAAUACGGUCCGCCACAAGUUCGUGUUAAACGCGAAGUUGUCGUCACACCUGGUGUUUCACAACUUCCUUAUCAACAAGUGGCUGGCCAAACAGAUAUUAAUCAGAUUUUAAAUCAACUUGGCGGCAAUCAGCCACUCAGUUCACUAUUGUCUCCUUCAUCUCUUGGUGCCUAUAAUCCAUAUUCAACAAUACAACCAAAUUAUAGUUCUCUUGGUCAACCUCAAUCAAAUAUUGUUAUUAUGCAAAAUGGACAACCAAGUACGUUGCCAUCAUCUUCAUAUGGCGUACCAUUAACAUGUGUGUGUACACCAAAUAAAAACGUAGGUUUAGGUGCUUAUGGUUCUGGUGUAUCAACAACGCCAGUUGUUGGUCAAUCACCUGGGCAAACAAUGGUUUACAAUAUACCUGAAAAUGUACCCGUGGAUAAUAUUCUUCGUCAACUUGGCAUUGAUCCAUAUUCUAUACAACGUUCAGGUGGUUCUCCAUUUCCAGAUUCACAUAAUGCUCUUGCAAACGUAUGGAAUGCCGCUUCUCACGCAAAUCCAUCAUAUCCCAUAAAUCCUAAUUCAGCAGUAUCACACGUUUGGAAUGCUGCAGCACACAAUACUGAUUUCAAUCGACCAGCUUCUCCAAGUUCAGGUCGGGCGUGGGAAAAAAUUGACCAGUAUCUUCAUAAACAAGAUGCAUUAGAUGCAGUUCGAUCUGUAUGGAAUCAUGCUGCUCAUCCAAAUGCACAACCUUCACAAUCAAAUUAUCCUCCAUUGAACUAUCCACCACCAAAUUAUCCGCCGCCUUCUUCAAAUUAUCCGCCACCUUCUUCAAGUUAUCCUCCACCAAAUUAUCCACCGCCUUCUUCAAAUUAUCCGCCACCUUCUCCAAGUUAUUCUCCACCUCCUGCAAGUUACCCACCACCUCCAAGAAGUUAUCCUCCACCAAACUAUUCUCCAUCAAGCUAUCCUCCACCACCUUCAUCAAGCUAUCCUCCACCACCUUCAUCAAGCUAUCCUCCACCACCUUCAUCAAGCUAUCCUCCGCCACCUUCAUCAAGCUAUCCUCCACCACAACCGGGAGGAGCGGGUGGUGCUGGAUCAAGUGUUUUAUCUCGUCUUUUCGGUGGAGGUCGUUAA